UGCGCCCUGCUCUCCUUCAGUCUGGCGGUCGCUGCCAUCCCAGAGGGUUUACCCAUCGUGGUGACGGUGACGCUGGCGCUGGGCGUGAUGCGCAUGGUGAAGAAAAGAGCCAUCAUCAAGAAGCUUCCCAUCGUAGAAACUCUGGGCUGCUGUAACGUGAUCUGCUCCGACAAGACGGGGACUCUGACCAAGAACGAGAUGACCGCCACUCAGCUGUUCACAUCGGACGGACUCCACGCUGAGGUGACCGGCGUCGGCUACAACGGAGCGGGAGAAGUUUUACUGGACGGGGAGGUCAUCCACGGCUUCUCCUGCCCGUCAAUCAGCAAGAUCGUGGAGGUUGGCUGUGUGUGUAAUGACUCCAUCAUCAGGAACCACACUCUGCUGGGACGACCGACCGAGGGAGCGCUCGUCGCCCUUGCCAUGAAGAUGGGGCUGGAGAGCCUGCAGCAGGAGUAUGUCCGUCUGGAGGAGCAUCCCUUCAGCUCGGAGCAGAAGUGGAUGGCCGUCCGCUGUGUUCACCGCACCCUGCAGGAUAAGCCGGGAGUUUACUUCAUGAAGGGAGCGUAUGAGCAGGUGAUCCGCCUCUGCAGCUCCUAUAGCAGCCGAGGAUCCACACUGUCCCUGAACCACCAGCAGAGGGAGCUGUACCAGCAGCAGAUCAGCUACAUGGGCUCAGCUGGUCUCAGAGUCCUGGCGUUUGCGUCGGGCUCCGAGAUGGGGAACCUGACCUUCCUGGGUCUGGUGGGCAUCAUCGACCCCCCCAGGACCGGGGUCAAAGAGGCCGUGGGCGCGCUCAUCAGCUCCGGAGUCGCCAUCAAGAUGAUCACGGGAGACUCCAAGGAAACCGCUGUGUCCAUAGCCAGCCGGCUGGGUCUGUACUCUAAAGGCUGCCAGUGUUUGUCUGGAGAAGAGGUGGACAACCUGGACCUGCAGCAGCUUUCAAACAUCGUCUCCAGGAUAGCGGUGUUUUAUCGAGCCAGUCCCCGACACAAGCUGAAGAUAGUCAAGUCGCUCCAGAACAUCGGCGCCGUGGUGGCCAUGACGGGCGACGGGGUGAACGACGCCGUGGCGCUGAAAGCGGCCGACAUCGGCGUGGCGAUGGGCCAGACGGGCACCGACGUCUGCAAGGAGGCGGCCGACAUGAUCCUAGUGGACGACGACUUCCAGACCAUCAUGUCGGCCAUCGAGGAAGGAAAAGGAAUUUACAACAACAUUAAAAACUUUGUCCGCUUCCAGCUGAGCACGAGUAUUGCAGCUCUGACGCUCAUCUCCUUGGCAACGCUGAUGAACUUCCCCAACCCGCUGAACGCCAUGCAGAUCCUGUGGAUCAACAUCAUCAUGGACGGCCCUCCCGCUCAGAGUUUGGGCGUGGAGCCGGUGGACCGGGACGUUAUCAGACAGCCUCCCCGUAACGUGAGAGACAGCAUCAUCACUCGCAGUCUGCUGGUCAAGGUGCUGGUGUCGGCCUUCGUCAUCGUCUGUGGGACGCUGUUCGUCUUCUGGAGAGAGUUGCAGGACAACGUGAUCACUCCUCGAGACACCACCAUGACCUUCACCUGCUUCGUCUUCUUCGACAUGUUCAACGCUCUGAGCUCGCGUUCUCAGACUCGGAUGGUGCAUGAGAUGGGUCUGUGCAGUAACCGGACCUUCUGUUAUGCCGUCCUGGCCUCCAUCAUGGGUCAGCUGCUCGUCAUCUACUUCCCUCCUCUACAGAACGUCUUCCAGACGGAGAGCCUCAGCAUCUUUGACCUGCUGUUCCUGGUGACCCUCACGUCCUCGGUGUGCGUCGUGUCCGAGGCCAUCAAGAUGGUGGAGCGGUGGAGGGGAGCGGAGAGGAAAAGCCCGCCCUCCGACUGCUUCCACGAGGUAUGACCUCCCCUCCCUCCACACACACACACACACACACACACACACACACACACACACACACACACACACACACACGAAAUGAAGGACUCUGACGUUUGGAGGAAGAAGAAGAAGAAGAGGAGUGUGAUGUUUUUUUUAGGAUCUUACAACAAAUGGCACUGACUAAUUAAGACUGCGAGGACUUGUGGGAUUUUUAGUUUUUCCUGCGAGCUUCUCCGGAGAAACUCCGGUCUGGGACUGGAGGAAGUUCCCCGGCAGCUUCGGGAGGUGAGUUAACAGACUGGACUUUGGUGAAACUGGGAGGACAAGAUGCAUGCUGGGAGAUCAGACCCUUUACUAGAGCUCCACAGCAGCCGUUUGUUCGUGCUCGGGCCUUGCCGUAGACUACCGACCGUAGCUUUCGGGGGGGGAACGUACCGAACACAGCUUCCAGUUUCGAUAUUUAGGACGUAAGAAUCAAUGCUAUAGAGAAAUGUGCAAUUCUCUUCCGGUCUUUCUUUCUUUCUUUCUUUUUGUAUCCUUUAGAAGGUGUUGACCACUACUCAGCGUUUUCAUGAUUGAUAUUGAUAACUUCAUGUUUUGAUUCCUCUAUAGAUGGUUUACAGUUAAUUCACCUAGGUGGAGGUAUAACGGUACAAAAUGUCUAGUCCGUUACAAAGUUCUUGUUGUUUUUUUUUUGUUUUUUUUAGCUCAGCCAGGAAAAGAAAAUGUUUAAUUUCUUUCUGUUUUAUUUAGGAAAAAGUUCUAAUUUCUGCUGUAAAAAUUAAAACACUAUAAGAUUUACUUAUAUUUCAAUUAUUUAAAGAAGCUAAGGCGUUAUGUCAGUGUCGCUGUGUGCACUUAAAGGAACAUUGCAGUUCACAUCGAGCGUAAUGCUUUAGUUUUGUGGUUUUUUCUACGGAAGUCUAUGACUGCCAAUAUUUAAGAAGAUAAUUAAAGCAAAUUCAAAUAAAAUUUUCAUCAUAA